GGGUUGUCAUGGAAGCGAUGUCGGACAAGGCGAUGAAUGUCACGGCGGACAAGGUGCUCGCGCGGAAGGCGAGGAAGCGGGCAUAUCUCCGUCAAUUCAUGCAGGGCUACCGAGUCAAGGUGAAGGAUGCGACCCUCAUGUUGAAAGCUCAAGUGCGAGACCUUGAAGCUGAGUGCGCUCGAAGGUCAUUCAUGACGAUGCUGCCUUGGCAUGAGAUUGCCGACGCUCUCCAGACAGAACAAGAAAUCUCCGAGACAGAAAUGCGGGAGCUUCGACGGAAACUUCGGUCUAUCGAGGUGCUGUCGUCCACAAUGCAACACUGGGUUCUUACUCAAUUGAACUCCAUACCUAGGGCACCGAAUGAAAAUGCCGCGAGCAAGUCGUGGCGCAAUGUCACGCUUCUGAAAGACCCCAUGUCUCGGCAACUCGGGAAAGAUUGGAUUCUCCAGCAAAUGUACCAUAAUACCGAUCGCAUGUUCGCGUCGCAUGGGUUUCCCGCCAUUGCGUCUAUGCAGUCCAUCUAUGAGGUCGACGUCCAAACGGAGCACGUGGGCGACUCCGAUUGCAUGUACUACCACGCUAAGCGGCAAAUGGAAUCGCCUCCUCCAGACGCCAUCAUGCGGUACAUGUACCGCAACAAGUUGUGCUCAAUCAUCAUGGCAGACGGCGACAUCCCAGUCACGUACCCCACGAUUCGAGAAGUGACUAGGACGACAGCGCUUCAUCAACUCACCACGUCCAAGGGCGAGUGGUUCAACGUCCUCGUCGGCGAAUUCAACUCUCCCACCCGUUGUGUGAUUGUGGCGCAGCAAAUCGAGGACGACGAGGUGUAUCGAAUGGUUGGAACGCGGCAGCGGAAUCGCAUGAUGUGGUAUGACUUUCAACGGAUGCCGUCGGGUCGGUGGAUGUACCGCUCGCUGUACAUCAACAGCCAAACUUUCGUCCAAGAUGGAUCGUAUGCACCGCUGGACGUGGAGGCGCAGGACAUCGGGGUGGAUCACAAUCCCUUGAACGCCGCCACGUUCCGACAGCUCAUCAGGACCAGGAUCCGAUACUUGUACGACAUGUCGUCGGAUGUAUUUCGGCAUAUCUACAUGGAUUUGCUCGUGUCACAGGACCCACUCGCAGGUAUAGAUCGUUAAUCGAAGUCACAAUGACCUCCACCGCGAUAGUUAUGCGGGCUUGAGGAGUGAGCGGGGCUUGGUCCAUGCCCGACGGGCGUACCCGAGGAUACGCAUCUGCGAGGUCGAGAGCUGCCUGGCGGCAGAAGCUCCCAAGGACUUUCUGAGCUUGUGCAAGGACCACUGGUCGAUGCGACGGCUGAUCAAACUCUCGAUUUUCCUUCCCAAGGGCACAGCAUGUCUGUUGUUGUCCAUGAGCUGCGGAUACAGAAGGAGGUAGCGCUGUCUGGAUUUGGUAGGCGUCAGCGCAUUGACCUCGUACCUAAUGCCGAAGUUGUGGUGAUGGAUGAACGCAAACGGCGCUAUGUUUAGAAUCAUGUCGAAACGCCAUGGGACCCCUCUGUGGUGGGCUUGUUGUACGAACGAAACAACCAAGCUUUGGCGAUGGGGAAUUCCC